UUUAUCCAGAUGGGCAUGACGCGCGCCAAACGGUACGCGAACCACGCCUCCGGCCGAAAGUACGCUGAAGACGGGACGAUCAUACCGAUCGUCGAACUUGAUCAGACGAAGUUGGAGGCGAGUGAGAUCUUCAAGCGGGUGUGGAAUCAGGUGCGGUUGGAUGAGAGGUAUGUUAAGGCGAAGGAGGAGUGGGGCAGGUUAGUAAGGGGGUGGGAGAGGGAGGUUAAGAGGGGGGUGAAAAGAGAGGUGAAGGAUGAAGAUGUUGAGCAUGCGGCUCCGAGGGGUAAACCACGGAGAGUAAAGGUCAAGAAGGGGGUAAAGGAAGAGCAGGAUAGUGACGCAUAGCCCGUACCACACCCACGCCACAAUCUCUCAAGUGUUGGGUUCGUCCGGAGGAGGGGGAUCAGAAUCAAGAGGUGAUGUAUACUUAGAGCCAGC